AAAUUGCGAGGAGAUGGAGCCAGAGUUUUGGGAGAGUGUUCAGAAUUCUCCUUCAUGUUGGGGCAUUUUUCGGUUUAUUGAAGCACUUCAGCUCACCAGAAACCUUGAGCCACGCUGAACUCGGUCGUACCAUAUGCGCUUUCACUGCAGAAAUUAUAAAUGCCGUCGGAUUCAUUGGCAAACGGGUCUUGAGUAAAAUGUGGACCAAGGGACGAAUUUACCAUAAUGCUCUACGCUGGUUCAGUGAUGCAUUACAAGGCCUUGGCUCCAACCUGAGAAGAAGAACCACCAAUGCAAUGAUUGGCAGCGUUGGAAACCUCGUCCGUACUGUGUGUAUAAUCGGGUGUAUCUUUGAACUGUAUACUUCUUUCUGGGAAUUACACAGCGCCUGCUAUUCGACAAUUCCCGACCAGUUUGUCCGUAUCGCUUAUGCGGGCUUCAAGUUUGCGCUUACUUGCAUCGAAACAGCGGCAAUCGGGCUUGGAAUUGGUGCCGAAAUCCUGGGACACGUUACCCUCGCGGCUGUCUGCGGUUAUGUUGGAAUUGCCAUUGCAUUGGUUGGUAUCGUUGCUGGGAUCGCGUACAUUACCUGGGGCCCACAGCCAGAUACACCAGUGGAAAAAUUCCUAAACGACCACUUGAGAGACAUUGGAGGAUAUUUACCUGAGGCAGAACCAGAACCAGUGAAAGAAUGGUUAGAAGAUUUAUGGAAGGAAUUAAAAAAGCCUGCACAAUUUCCUUUAGGUAAUUAAUUUACUUUUAUAUAAUAAACUAGGUUUAAUAUAUAUUAUAGAAUU